UGCCUGUCGCCUGGUCUUGGGACAGCCUCUCACACACCAACUCAAUAUAGCUUCACCAACUGGGAAAGUAACUCACCUGCAAUAUCUCCAACCAAAAAGAAAAAAAAAUAAGAAAAAAAAAAGGGGGAAGAAAGAAAAGCUCCUGCCACUUCUAACUACUGCAAGCUGACAUGGAAACCCAGCAAAGACACGGACUCCACUCACUUUGCCACACCUGCCGGAGAACGGAGAACAGCAGAAUAAAGGUCAAGAAGAUGACUUCGUCCAGCCGCGCGCUGCUGUUCGCGCUGGCUCUCACGCUCUACGUUGUGGAAAUGGCCUCGGCGGAGACGUUGUGUGGUGGGGAGCUGGUGGAUGCACUGCAGUUUGUCUGCGAAGACAGAGGCUUCUAUUUCAGUAGGCCAACCAGCAGGGGUAACAACAGGCGCUCCCAGAAUCGCGGGAUCGUAGAGGAGUGUUGUUUCCGUAGCUGUGACCUCAACCUGUUGGAGCAGUACUGUGCCAAACCCGCCAAGUCUGAGAGGGACKUGUCGGCUACCUCUCUACAGGUCAUACCCGUGACGCCCACACUAAAGCAGGAAAGCCCAAGGAAGCAGCACAUCACCGUGAAGUAUCCCAAAUACGAUGUGUGGGACAGGAAGGCGGCCCAGCGGCUCCGGAGGGGCGUCCCCGCUAUCCUGAGGGCCAAAAAGUUUCGGAGGCAGGCAGAGAAGAUUAAAGCCCAGGAGCAGUCAAUCUUCCACAGGCCUCUGAUCAGCCUUCCCAGCAAACUGCCCCCCGUGUUGCACACCACGGACAACUUUUUCAACCACAAAUGAGCCCGCUGCCAGCCCUUUGCACAGACAAGAGUAUGAGGGUGACAAAAAAGACUAGGGGAUUAUAGCUUUGUCUCUGACGUCAUUUCUGUGGCAGUCCUCUUUGACCUCCCCUGCCCUGUCCAGGCCCACCAGGCCCUCCCCCCCGCUCUAGUCCACUACGUCUUGAACCCAUGGCCCUUUUCUAAUGACCCCCCCCACCCCGUCCCCACACACCCGCCCCGUUUUAAACCUCAACCACCCACCCUUCUCUGGCACACAAACAUGCCUUCGCAUUCUUCCUGUCUGAACCCUUUAGCUCCUUUUCUCUUUCAGUCACUGAUACAAAAGGAACGAACACAAAAGUUGGAAAAAAAAAACUUUAACAAUUUGGCUGAAUGCAGUUCAGGUGGAUCCCUAAGCAAAAGAGAAAAAGGGAAGGAGGAAAAGAAGAUGAAAGAGAUCUGUGUUUCUAAGUGUCAAGAGGACACCUAGCAGAAGAUUUUUUUUGUCCUGGUGGAAGACAACUAAAAGUGAAGAGCAGCUUGCAUGAAAAAACAAAAUCCAUUCCACAUCGUUUUUUUUUCCUGAGGCAGAAGAAAAUCUCUGUUAGUUCUUUUUUCUUAUUAGUUUGCACCUCUUACCUAUAAAGGGACUUCCACACUGUAAGGAAUUAUUUUGCAAAAUUAGAUUCCUGUUCCAGCACCUUUUUGAUCACAAACAAAAAGCAGAAAAAAAAGUCUGCAAAAUUGCACAUUGCCACGGAUUACGUCAAAGUAAAGAAAAAAAAGGCACUAUUUUUUUUAUGAACAAUGAACGUGUAGCUUAAAAAACGUCAUGGUGCUAGCUUUGGGAAUGGACUCAAAGAAGAGGUUGAAAAGCACGUAUUUUUUUUAAAAUGAAUAUUAAACUUUCCGUUUUAAGGAAAGUGUGACUUUUAAAAAGGAAAACAAAGGAUAUGGGGGAGCUCCUGACAGCGGCACUGUCAAGGGGGAAGAGUCACUGAGGAAAAAUAUGGGCUGUGUUGGCAACCUUGGCUCAUGGCGAGUACUAGCGGCUGCUCAUUACUAGUUUGCCAGCAUAAGCAGCAAAGGGGGCAACCUGAGACCUAGUCCUGGUUCCUCCUGUCUCUCUGAGGCUGCUGGACAAGACGGAGCAAACCAGGGACACAUUUGGGACACCGGGACCGCCUGGAUUGGGGCAGUACUUCCUGUUUGCCAUGGCUUUGCAGACUGCUCUGACAGGAAUUAACAUGGCACGGACAAAGAACAAGUGGGAUAAUAAUGAUUAUAUUUUAUUUUGUCUUUUUUCAUAUCAAUGUUUAAAAGAAAACAAAAAAACAACAACAAAAAAAAAAAGGAAAACCCUGUCAGUUUCUGGUACCGUGACAUUCCUGUUUUUCCAACUUAGGCAUAUUUUUGUUUGUUUUCAUGGUAUUGUUAUAUUAUUUUACAGUUUUAAAGUAAAGGCACACAGUUUCAGUUCAAAGGGGAAAAAAAGCAAUAAUGUCAAC